AUGUUCAAAAGACGCACUACUAACAUCUCCCCAGUGCUGCCCGAUGUCUCCGAGAUACUUGGCGUGACCAAAGUUGGGCAGUCUGCUUGGGCCAAGGCCACGCGCAUCGAUGUUCGGCACACCGAUGGCAGCGAGGAGAGCUACUUCAUGAAGGUAUCCGUCGGCCACCACGGGCGCGAGGCACUAAAGGGCGAGUUCGAAGCGACAUCGGUCAUCUACGCGAUCACGCCAGAUUUCUGCCCCAAGCCCAUCGCCUGGGGCAGUCUCAAGACUGAACCCAACGCGCAUUUCUACAUCUGCAAGUUCUACACCUUCGUCGACGGCCUGCCGGAGCCCGGCUCGUUCGGCGAGAAGCUGGCCAGGCUGCACUCGAGCCACACGUCGCCGAGCGGCAAGUUCGGCUUCCACUGCGCGACGUACAACGGCGACCUGCCGCAGGACAACGCGUGGUGCGACAGCUGGGAGGCGUUUUAUGCCAGCGGGCUGCGGCACGUGCUGCACGAGCGCGAGAAGCGGGCCGGGCCCGAGGCCAGGCUCGACGCGCUGCUGCCGGCGCUGUUCGCCAAGGUCAUCCCCCGGCUGCUGCGGCCGCUUGAGAGUAAUGGACGGAAUAUCAAGCCGUCGCUCGUGCACGGCGACCUGUGGUGCGGGAAUGCCGGUGUCGUCGUCAACAGGCGCGGUAGCCAGGACUGCAUCGUCUACGACCCGGCAAGCUUCUGGGCGCAUAACGAGUACGAGUUUGGAAACUGGCGUCCGGCGCGGAACAAAUUCACGUCGGAGCACUUCCGGGCCUACUUCGCCAUCGUGCCCAAGGCCGAGCCCGUAGCAGACUUCGACGACCGGAACGCGCUCUACGCCGUGCGGUUCAAUCUGCACGCCGCCACCUUCUUCCCAGAGAACGGCGAGUAUCUUCAAAUGUAA